AGCCCCUAAGCCAGCAAGUACAUCUGUAAAUACUAGAACUACAGCCAGGAUCUCAACAGCAACAUCUGGAACAGCAAGUACAAAAACUGCAACUACUAGAACAGAGGCCAGGAUUUCAUCUACAACCACUAAACCAGCAUCUACGGUAACUGCAACUACCAGAACUGUGGCCAAGAUUUCAUCUACAACUCCCGAAGGAGUAUGUAUGGUUGACAACAAAUUGUACACGCCUGGCUCCUUAGUGCCUUCUUCUCCUGGUAGCUGCACACAGUGUAUUUGCACAUCAUUUCUCAACAGCAUAACAAAGCUGAAUAUAGUGAUAUGUGUACCAAUUUCCUGCAAUAAAACAUGUGAACCGGGUGAAAAAUAUGAAAAUAUUCCAGGACAGUGUUGUGGAAAAUGUGUGCAAAAAUCAUGCAGUGUUACAACACCCGAUGGGCAAAAUAAAGUACUAGAGAUUGGAGAAAUUUGGGCUCCAAACAGCUGCACGAUUUAUAAAUGUACCAAGCUGGCAACUUUACAGCCAUUUAUUACUGUGAUAACUAAAACCUGUGAAUAUAAUAGUAUAAAAGACUGCAGUACCGGUGAAAAAUAUAUUAAGCCAUCCACCGGCCAGUGCUGUGGUAAAUGUGUACAGACUCACUGUGUGAUAACACUUGGUAAUGGAAUUGUAACUCUCCUUUUGCCUGGAGACACUGUGCCUGAUCCCACUAACCCCUGCAUUUCCUAUUCUUGUACAAAAGUAAAUGAGAAGCUUUAUACUGAAGUGCAUAAGACGAUAUGUAAAUACCAGAGCGCUCAAGAUUGUCAAGAGGGUGAGCAGUAUAAGGUUUCCAGGGGAAAGUGCUGUGGUGAAUGUAUACCGUCAGCAUGCAACAUUAUAACACCGAGUGGAGAAAAUGCAACUUUGAAGGCAGGGGAAUCAUGGCCUUCACCAAAAGACAAAUGUAUAUCUUAUGGAUGUACUCAAGUCAAUGGAAAGUUCUAUUCUGUUUUAAACAAUAACACCUGCACUGCUGUGAAUGCUGAAGACUGCGAAUCAGGCGUUAUUGAAGUGAGUGAGAAUGGGUGCUGUUCAAGAUGCAAGGCUCCAACAAAUUGCAGACUAGAAGUUGGCUCCAUAACUCUUCUGACUGGGGACUGUCCCCUCACUUUAACUAUUCCAUACUGUACUGGAGUCUGCAAAAGUCCUAUAAUGACAAAUUCAAUGGAACCACUGUGCACAUGCUGCAAAAAGCUUAAAUCAAAAAAACAAACAGUGGAAGUAAAAUGUAAAAAUGGGACUACUAUUUCUCAACAAUAUGACUACAUUGAAAGCUGUGGAUGUAGUACCAAGCUGUGUGAUUCUCAAGGAUAGUGUAUUAUGUAUACUAGCACCUACUAUGUAUGUUUUUUUUCUCUCUUAAGCUCUACGUGUACUGUGUUUGUAACAUUCUCAUACUACACUCAAACUGUCUGGCAUACAUUUCUGUUCAUUUCCACACAUUAAUCUUUUAGAAAUUUGUCCAUUUUCAACACAACUUUAAAACGUGAUUAUUUGUACAGACCAAGUAGAAAAUACAUCAAAAUAAAUACGUUCCUCCAAAUCCCAUUAUUCUAUUCAACCAGAUGUACCAAUACAUUAACGUUUGCACAUGAUUUAAUCAUAGAAGAGAAGUUGGUAAGUGCCCGAAGUUUUCCUUGAUAAAGCUAUGACUAUGUACCGCAACAAAACCAGUUUUGUAUUUAAAAAGUUUAAAAUUACACUAAUAUAUGACAUAAUAUGGUUACAUUUUAGAAUUAAUGGACAGCAAAGUCAUAAAAUAACAUUUGACAUUUAAGUUAUCUGUAUAUUAAAUCAAACCCAACAAACUCAACUACAGAGGAUGUAGAUGUUGAGGAUACCCUUGGCCCUGUAGUCUAAGAAGACCCAAAACAAACAAAUAAGUCAUUAGCUUAGAGCAUAUAACAUAAAUUUAAGUACAGACUGAUCAGUAAUGUAUUUGUGAGUUGUGUACGUAUGACUUCAAAUUCACUUCACCCUUGUUUGUAAAUUCAUGUUUUACUCUGUAUGAAAAAAAAUCAGUAACUAAGUUGCAUACAAAUUAACAUUUGCUCAUCUGAUUUUGUGUAAUAAAUCGUAUACAUUCCAUUGUUGCUUUUACAGUACUUAAUAAAACUGAC